AUGGCCGAGCCGGUUACCAUUCGUGGCAGGCGCGUCGCGUCCACGUCAUCUCGUCCUGACCACCGCGCCGCCUUCACUGAAGCCGGGCUGGCGUCGCUUUUCUCUACCUGCCCGCGGCUCGAUUCCCUGGAGCUGCACUGCCCGCCAAAUCUGACCGCUCUUCCUCCGUCAAUCUGCGGGUUGACUCGCUUGACGGCGUUAAAAAUCACCGCUCGGGGACUGAAACGCCUUCCUGACGGAUUCCGUCAACUCUCCGCUCUCGUCAGUCUAUCAAUCCACUCAGAAGCCCUGGAGAAGCUUCCAGCCGGCUUCGCGACGGAUAUCGACGGGACUGUAGAGACUUCUAUCCCACCAAAUGUUUCGAUCAUCUCAGAUGCGAAUGCAGCAGAUGCAUCGGAGAAUGCCGCUCGUCAGAAUAGCGACAUACUGCCUCAGGAGAAUAAUUCUUCGCUAGUUACUUCGCUCGCCUCUCUCUCCCUCUCGAACACCCCCUCUCCCGCACUACCCCUCCCCACGCUCUCCGCUCUCCGCCACCUCUCCCUCGACCGCUGCCGCGCUCUCCGCGCGCUCCCCGCAUCCCUCCCCGCCGCGCUCCCCCUUCUCGAAACCCUCGAGCUCCGCGAAUGCGCCUUGCUUUCCGCCGUCCCCUCCUGCCUCCCCGCGCGCCUCCCCCGUCUCCGCGCGCUCACUCUCGCCUAUCUCCCCUCCCUGCGCACCCCCCUGCCCGCGCUCCUCUCCGCAUCCCCCCUGCCUGCUCCCGGCGCAGCGGAGGAAGCAGAAAACGGUCAUCCCCUGGCAGUUUCGGAAGAGGAGAACGGGAGAGCUUCUAUCGAGCCAGUUUGUAAGGAGGAUGCGGAGGAGAGCAGGGCGGGACUGGCCCGGCUGGAGCUACUGGGAUGGAAGCAGAUGCAGGAGAUACCCGCGGAAGCCCUCACCGCUCUCUCCGCCUCCCUCACUCACAUCACCAUUUCCAACUGCCCCGCUCUCUCCUCUCUCCCGGGCGAGCUUUGCCAUCUGCCCCACCUCCGCUCCCUCACUCUCUCCUUCCUCCCACUCAUCACCUCCCUCCCUGCCUCCCUCCAUCUCCUCUCUCACUCGCUGCACCAUCUAGACAUCACCUCGUGUGACAUGCUGCAGAGUCUCCCCGCGUCUCUCACAGCCCUCUCCGCCCUGCGCUCCUUGAACGUCUCCGCCUGCGGCGCCCUCGCCCGCCUGCCGUCCCCGCCUGCGGCGCUGCCGUCCGUUCGUGCUGCGCGGGGGGGAGCAGCACCACCGCCAGCAGCAGCAGCAGCAGCAGCAGCAGCAGCAGCAGCAGCAGCAGCAGCAGCAGCAGCAGCAGCAGCAGCAGCAGCAGCAGCAGCAGCAGCAGCAGCAGCAGCAGCAGCAGCAGCAGCAGCAGCAGCAGCAGCAGCAGCAGCAGCAGCAGCAGCAGCAGCAGCAGCAGCAGCAGCAGCAGCAGCAGCAGCAGCAGCAGCAGCAGCAGCAGCAGCAGCAGCAGCAGCAGCAGCAGCAGCAGCAGCAGCAGCAGCAGCAGCAGCAGCAGCAGCAGCAGCAGCAGCAGCAGCAGCAGCAGCAGCAGCAGCAGCAGCAGCAGCAGCAGCAGCAGCAGCAGCAGCAGCAGCAGCAGCAGCAGCAGCAGCAGCAGCAGCAGCAGCAGCAGCAGCAGCAGCAGCAGCAGCAGCAGCAGCAGCAGCAGCAGCAGCAGCAGCAGCAGCAGCAGCAGCAGCAGCAGCAGCAGCAGCAGCAGCGGCAGCGGAGGGAUCCUUGACACCAGCAGCACCACCUCCAACUCCCAGGCGCCCCUCCCCCUACUGCCAUCGCUCACCAGCCUGCGCGUCUCUCUCUGCGCGCGCCUCACCGCCCUCCCUCGCACCUGGAUGCACCUGCCGUCGCUGCAGGAGCUGCGCCUUCUCUCUCCUCCACUUGAAGCUGCGCGGCCUCUCUGAUCUCACCCUCCUCCCGUUUCACACCACUCCCAAUGCUGAUGUAACGGGUGUGGCUCUAACGCGUACAGAUGUGGUAGCUGGCGCUGCUGCUGCUGCUGCAGGAUCGGGCACACUUGAAGGGUCCGGUGGGAUGAUAGGAUUGGUGUCGCUUCACAUAGACUUGAAGCACAACACGCACAUCACACACCUCCCUCACUCACUCUUUUCCCUCCCCUCCCUCGCCACACUCACUUUCUCACACCUCUCGCGUGUCGCCUCCAUCCCCCACUCCCUUUCCCUCCUCGCUCCCUCCCUCACUCACUUGCACAUCAGCCACUGCCCCUUGCUGACCGCCCUCCCUUCCUCCCUCUGCCGUCUCUCCUCCCUGCAAUCCCUUGUCAUCGAAUCCUGUUCGUCCCUGACGUCCCUCUUGGAAGGAGGUGCAAUAGAGACAGGAGAAGAGGAGGGGGGGGAGGGGGGUGGAGAGGCCGAGGUGUUCAUGCUGGCGGAAGCGGGAAAGGCGGAGGACGAGGAGGAGUGGGGGGAAGAGGCGGAAGAUUGGGGGGAGAUCGAUUGGGGGAGAGAAGGGGAGUGGAACGCGGGAGGGGGAGGGCAAGCGCAGGGGCGCGGAAUCGAAUUUUUCUGGGCCUCAGACAUUAAAAUCGUGGGGGGAAUGGUGAAAUGUCACUUCCCGCCUCCUCUUCCGCCCCCUCUUCCCCCUCGCCCCCCACUUCCGCCUCUUCCGCCCCUCUCCCUCCCCCUCCCCCCCAUCUCGUCCUCUCGCACCUCCGCUCCGCCGCUCUUGGGCCCUGCGUGCUCCUCCCCGCCACCCCUGCUCCCCCUGGUCCGGGGGAAAGGGGGGAGGGGGGAGGCGGAGGGGAGGAAGGGGGGAACGCGGGGGCAGAGAGGGAGGCGCAAGGGUCGGGGGCAGCGCAGGUUCGGGUGGUGGCUGGGCGGUUCAGGGACUCCUUAUUUCUUCAAUCCCCACUGUCACUAUCGUCCCUCACUCCCACACAUCACUCCGCCCCUCGCUUACAACUUCCUCUCUCUGACACUUUCUCUCCUUCUUUUCCUUCCUGUCAUCUGCACUCUCUCUCCCUCUUUUCCUUCCUGUCAUUUGCACUCUCUCUCCCUCUUUUCCUUCGUGUCAUUUGCACUCCCUCUCCCUCUUUUCCUUCGUGUCAUUUGCACCCUCUCUCCCUCUUUUCCUUCGUGUCAUUUGCGCUCUUUCUCCCUCUUUUCCUUCGUGUCAUUUGCACUCUCUCUCCCUCUUUUCCUUCGUGUCAUCUGCACUCUCUUGCUCACCGAACUCUUGCCCUUCAAUCGAACGUCCCCUCCCCGCCAUCCCAACCUUCCUCAACCCCUUUCUAAACCCCUCAACUCCUAA